UGUAACGGACAAAGUUGCGAAUGUGAGCUUCUUCUGCUUGGUCAGUAACAAACAAGGUUCACGACGGGGCAGCGCAGGAAAAACGGAACGCACGUACAAAAUACAUGCGCACGUCCUUAUCCUUGGCCAGUAUCCGUAUGCGGAUAACGAAAACGCUCAACGUUCAGGGUUACUCUGACUUGGAAGAAGGUUGUAAGGACUGCAGGGCUGAUACAUGAUCAAAGGCAAACACGUCAAGCAUCGAUCAUAUGUCUGAUCCCAAGUCCCAGGUCUCAGAUAAUCAGAACUAAUGUUGAUGACCGAGCGCGAUACUGAUCUAAAGUUCCGAUAUGAUUUGUACUAUUUUCGGCAAGAUGACAUUCCGAAGCUAACGAGGGCUUCCAACUUGACCGUUUAUUCACCUUGAAAGGCUUAUUUACACCUUGUCUCGUCUUGUGACUCUUGCUUUACCAUGCCUUUGCCGAAGCGGCAAAUUCUCCCUGGCUCGCUUCUCGCAACGGCGGUUUCGAAACACGUCGUCUUACUCCCUCCACUUUUAUACAUUGGCUUCCGCCAGAGAGGCCCACAAACUCCCGCAACUUCCAGCAUCAGGAUUCUCAAGUUUGAGGCUAAAAAGGCCUCCCUCCGGAUGACAGGAAAUGAUCCCUGGCUACGUACAGUACUACCACUUUGCGAUAACAUCGACCAUAGCAAUUCGUAUAUACCUACCUUGUUACAUAAUGAACUCUAUAGUCGGGUCUUGACGCACAUCACUAGGAAGAACUCUGGCAUGAUUGAUAGAUUGCGUCCACCUUCUCUUGCAAGGAUCAAUGCUUGCACACGUAUGCCGGGGGCCUUUGAAACUUCUAUUCUGAUCAUUGGGUAUUCCGCACUCCGCUGCGCUGUAAGACUGGAGCGUACCGUACAGUAUGUAUAUAGACCAGGUCCUGGGCGUUAUGCCGGCUUCCAUAUUGGAUUCGGACCUGUAUCUACUCACAUCGAUUCGCAUCGCAGAUCUUCCGUUUUACCCAUAUUACCCAGGUGCAACUAUCCACGAUCGUCCAGGUUAGUUCCAGGUCCACGCUUCGAAGGCCUCCGGGAUAUCCACGCGUGGGGACAGCUGCAUGUUGCACAAACAAGAAAAGAAGCGGACACAAGAGAGACUCGAGAGAGAGGGGAUUAUAUCCGCUGCAUGGGAUUGUGCACCAAUGACCUGAGACAGCCGUUGAGCUCCUGGAAAGGGAAAGCAUUGUGUGCUUAGCAUAUUCAUACGUACGUACGUGGAUCAACCAACAAAGACCUAUAUUUGUAUAGCAAUACGGAUGCAAUGACAGCAAUGGCUCCAUUCUGUUCUCCGCCGAGUCAGCUUUUUGAAUCUCGAGUCCCCUUUCGUAUUCUAAUACAAAUGCCUGAGGAGUUAUUGAAUGCUGGAUGUUCUGGUGCCAGUUCAAACCGCAGCCCAACAACUCACGCAACGCAGAUGAGGAG